AUGAUGGAUCUCUCGGAUGAGCUGAUGCCUGAUCGUGAUGGGAAGCAAGAUGGGAAUUCAAACGGUGCAGAUUUAACAUCUCCUAUUGUCAAAUCAUCAAAUGGAGAUCACCAUUUUAUGCAUCGUAAACAGACUCUCGACGAAAAAGCAGCACUUUUUAGUCAUACCGAUACACCUGACCCGGAGCGAUUAGAGCAGGCUCUGCGGGUAGAGAGGAUGUCUAUCAAUAGCAAUAGCUAUCCGGCACGCCUAUCAGAGCAGACAGCCAAGCAAAUCCAGGGCGGGAUAGAUAUUCUAGACCGACCGAAUGUUCUAAGAGACCACCCAUCUAAAUACCUCCUAGAGGACCCGAGCAGUUGUAAGGACGCUCUCCCCCCCUCAGAUCUUCUUCCGAUACCGAGAGGCUGGCUGGCCCAUUUGCGUGAGAACCGUCGUGUUACUCCUACUGGUCACUGGCAGGAUGUCCGUCAUAUAGUUCUCGAAGUACCUACACAACCAAGUUCUAACAGAAGAGGGGAUAGAGAGCUCUUCAGCUACGUUCCGGGUGAUGCAGUCCUCAUUUACCCCAAGAAUUUCCCUGCGGAUGUACAGACAUUGAUUGAUCUCAUGGGCUGGAAUGACGUCGCUGAUAUACCCUUUGAGCAUCGUGCAAGGCAGCAAGACGCACUUUAUUCGAAGCCUAAGAAUUGUCACCCUAUUCCUCACACCACUUUACGCGAGCUUCUUAUUCAUAACUACGAUAUAACUGCUAUUCCGAAGCGCGUAUUCUUCCAAGAUAUUGCUUUCUACACAGAUGACCCUAUGCACCAAGAGCGCCUGCGGGAAUUUGCCAAUCCUGGCCUCUCGGACGAAUUCUACGACUAUACUUCUCGACCUCGACGAUCUAUUCUAGAGGUUCUCCAAGACUUCCCAUCAGUCAAGAUCCCCUACCAACAUCUUCCGUCCAUUUUCCCUGUCAUGCGAGCCCGAGAGUACAGUGUCGCGAGCGGCGGCCAACUUCUGAGGAACGAAGAAAACCUAGAGGUCACCCGAGUCGAACUUCUAGUAGCAUUAGUGAAAUACAAGACGGUCCUUCGAAAGACUCGACAAGGACUCUGCUCCCGAUAUUUAGAAUUCUUGCGUCCUGGCACGAAUAUCAUGAUCACCCACAGAGAAUAUGAUACUCUAGAGGCUGGUUGGACUCGCAGACCAUUAUUAGCGAUCGCCCCAGGCACUGGCGUCGCGCCAGUACGCGCCCAUCUUUGGGAUCGUAUCGACGAGUCAGAAGCCGGCGAUUCCCUCCUCUUUUUUGGUGGUCGAAACCGUGAUGCUGACUUCUACUUCCAAGACGAAUGGCAAGAUCUUAGGGUGAAAGUCAUCACGGCGUUUUCCAGAGAUCAAGAGAAGAAGAUUUACGUACAGGACCGUAUCCGUGAGCAGUGGCAACUGGUAUGCGAAUUUAUCCAGAAGGGUUGCGUAAUCUGCAUUUGUGGGAGCUCGGGGAAAAUGCCAGAGGCAGUUAAACUAGCCAUACAUGACGCCAUGGUAAUGGGAAAGAUGGCUCCUGAUCGUGAGGCCGCAAAAAUUGUACUGGCCCGGAACAACCCGUUAUGGGAGGAGGUUUGGUAA